GCUGAGUCAAAUACAUGGUACUUCCUUUGUUAAAAGCUAUUUCCAAUGUGUUUGGAUCUAUUCUAAAAGACCAAACAAGCAGAAAGAGCACAUCCAAAAGUACCAAACUUUCCUUCUCUCUUACAUCCAAACGUCUGCAAUCUGCACAUACCCAAACGGCUGCCUGGUUUAUUUGAUUCAUCAGACGGUUUCUAUUUUUAGUAAAACCCAGGAGAACAAAAACCCACCCAUUUGUUAGUUUUCGGUUUCCUUUUGUCUCACUCUCUUUGUAAUUGCUUUGGCCAUUUAUACUGAUAUUCGGCAGAGUUUCAGGGAGCUUCCAAUCAGGGUAAGGGUUAUUGUGACUUUGAUAAUGGUUUUUGUGUCAUGUUCAGUUCUUUCAUCAAACGCUUGGAAAGCUUUUAACAUCAGAGGUUUUACGUUAGACGGGAUUUGGCGGUGGAAGAACUCAAGGGCCUAAGAGAAACAGAAGGGUUAAUUCAAGUUUGCUUUUGAUGGUUCUGUAAGGUAUAUCUUUGGUUUUGAUGAGAGGUGUUUUUGAUUGAAGAUGGAACACCCGUUUUCUGCUAAGGAAUCGGGCAUAGGUUAUUGGGAUCCGCCAAGGGGACAAACGGAUAGUGUGGCACCCUUAGAAUGUAGUGCAAGGAGUUCGAUGGUUGAGGAUCCGAGCAGUAACUUUCCAGACCCCAUGAGUGUUGAUUUUGAUACAUAUGCAGGAUGGUGCAACAGCCCGUCAUUUCUUACAGAUCAGAUGUUUGCUGCAUAUGGGUUGUCGCCAUUUCAGUCGGUACCUUAUGCUUCAUUCGAUAUGUCAAAUUUUGCUGAGCAAAGUUCUGCUGGCUUUUCUGACGGUGGCAUGAUGUCAAGGACUGUGGGGUCUUCCUUUAAUGGUGAAGAGAGGAUGGUGUUUCAGGAAAAAGAUGCACAACUUGGUCAUCCUUCAGAUUCAGUUGAUGUUGAUGCUGCUGCUGAGCAAAAUAAUAUUGCUUCUUUACCUAACAGUAGGUCCACUAUUGCUAAUUGUAUGGUUGCUCGGUCACUUGGGUGGUCACUUGAUGAGAAGAUGCUUAGGGCGUUAUCCUUAUUUAAAGAGUCUUCUGGAGGGGGCAUUUUGGCACAAGUCUGGCUCCCGAUAAAGCAUGGAGAUAAGUAUAUGUUGAGCACUUAUGAUCAACCCUACUUGCUUGAUAAAGUGCUUACAGGGUAUCGUGAAGUUUCAAGGAAGUUUACCUUCUCGACAGGAGGGAAAUCAGAGUAUCCUCUGGGCCUUCCUGGUCGAGUAUUUAUAUCUAAAGUUCCAGAGUGGACUUCAAAUGUCAACUUUUAUAGUGAUGCUGAAUACUUACGUAUUAAUCAUGCUGUUAAUCAUGCAGUCCAUGGUUCUAUUGCCUUGCCGGUCUUUGAACAUCAUGAGAUGUCGUGCUGUGCUGUGCUAGAACUUGUAACAAUCAAAGAGAAGCCAAACUUUGAUUCAGAGAUAGAAGCAGUUUGUCAUGCAUUGAAGGUUGUGAAUUUGCGGUCCACUGCACCCCGCCGGCUUUUUCCUCAGAACCUCUCAAGAAAUCACAGAUCUGCUGUAGCUGAAAUAACUGAUGUUUUACGAGCUGUGUGUCAUGCGCAUAGGUUACCUCUAGCUUUGACAUGGAUUCCCUGCAGUUAUUCUGAGGGAGCUGCUGGCGAAACUAUAAAAGUACGUGUUAGAGAAGGUAAUAAAUGUUCAGAUGGGAAAUCUGUACUUUGUGUCGAGGAUACAGCAUGUUAUGUCAAUGAUAAAGAGAUGCAAGGGUUUGUGCAUGCGUGUGGGGAACAUUAUAUUGAGGAAGGUCAAGGUAUAGCUGGAAAAGCACUUCAAUCAAGUCACCCGUUUUUCAUAUCUGAUAUAAAGACAUAUGACAUAACUGAGUAUCCACUUGUCCACCAUGCACGUAAAUUUGGCCUAAAUGCUGCCGUUGCGAUCAGGUUGAGGAGCACCUACACUGGUGAUGAUAAUUAUAUACUAGAGUUCUUUCUACCUGUCAAUAUGAAAGGGAGUUCUGAGCAGCAACUCUUGUUAAACAGCCUGUCUGGCACAAUGCAGAGAAUCUGUAAGAGUUUGAGAACAGUUUCAGGUGCAGAAUUAACUGGGGGACAAGGUUUGAACAUGGAAGUGGGGGCCGUCCAAAGUUUUCCUCCCGUCGCUAUUCCUGCGCGAGGCUCUCAAAUGGACUUACCAGGAACAACUAUGGGUUCAAUUGAAAAGAUGUUUCUAAACUUAUCGGAGGCACAUACGGAUAAAGUUGAAGCUGAUGCUCCCCAAGAACAGAAAAGGAGUGGAUCUGAAAGACAGCCAGAGAAAAAGAGAAGUACGGCAGGGAAACAUGUGAGCUUAAGUGUUCUUCAGCAGUACUUUUCUGGGAGCCUUAAGGAUGCGGCAAAAAGCAUUGGUGUUUGUCCAACAACUCUGAAAAGAAUAUGCAGACAACACGGGAUCUCCAGAUGGCCAUCCCGCAAAAUAAACAAGGUGAAUCAUUCACUGAGGAAGAUUCAAACUGUACUUGACUCUGUUCAGGGGGUGGAAGGAGGGCUCAAAUAUGAUCCAACCACAGGAGGAUUUGUGGCAGCAGGUUCCAUCCUUCAAGAAGUCGAUGCUCAAAAGAUAAGAAAUUUUCCAGACAAAAACCCACAAGAUGCACUAAUAGCUUCAGCAUUCUGUCUUGAGGGCGAGAAUUCUGUGGUCAAAAAGGAGGCAGAUGAGUGUUGUCCGGAUACAUCUCAUGGAGAACUAAAGCAAUCUACUGUUUCUGGACUAUUCCAGCCAGGUAGUCUUGGCUCGACACGUUGGGUUAUCCCCGAGAAUGCAGCUUUCAGUUCCUAUUUUGUAAAUCAAGAUGGAAAAUGGAGUCUGAAUGAUAGUACAAAAGUUGAGAAGACUGACUGCCAUUUAGUCUCUAGGAGCUCAAGCUUCUUGGCUGCUACUGAUGAAAUAGAUACCAAAAUGGAGGGUGAUGACGGGAUUCUCGAGCAUAAUGAGCCUUCUGCUUCAAGCAUGACAGACUCGUCAAAUGGCUCUGGCUCUUUGAUACAUGGCAGUUCAACAAGCUCUCCUAGUUUUGAAGAUGGAAAGGAUUUGAAAGCCAACACAAGCUGCGGUGACAGUGGAUCUGCAAUCACUGUAAAAGCUACGUAUAAGGAAGACACUAUUAGGUUCAAGUUUGACCCUUCUUUAGGCUGUUUCCAGCUGUACAAUGAAGUUGCGAAAAGGUUCAAAUUGCAAAAUGGGACGUUCCAGCUCAAGUAUCUGGACGAUGAACAGGAAUGGGUGUUGUUGGUGAGUGACUCUGAUUUGCAGGAAUGUCUUGAUGUAUUGGACUAUGUUCGCACACGCAGCGUGAAAUUUCUUGUUCGCGAUGUGCCUAGCGCAAUGGGUAGCUCUGGCGGUAGCAAUGGCUUUUUGGCAGGUCCUACGUAGCAUGGGGGUGAUGGUUUCGACAUUUGGGCCAUCUCUGCGUUGUAGUAUUAUGUUUCAUGAUGACUUGGAUUCUACUUCAAACAGGUGAUGUAAUGCCACUGAACUGGAAUGAGGUGAGCGGAAUUUGUUUUACUCCUUGUUCUUUUGGGAUUAUCAGAAAUCCAAGCAUGGACCAAAAAGUUCUUUUGGCCGAGUUACUACUCUAUACCUCAAAACCAUGGUGUAUUAUGUAUUACCUUCAAAAUGCAGUCGUUUGUCUUAACACAUGGUUGUUGCAGGGAACAUAGGGGACAGAAAAAUGUUGAUACAAGAGGAGAUAUGAGCGUACGACAUGCUCAUAUGCGUCAAUGAUAGGUCUGUAAAUGCUAGAAGCAGCAAAAGGGUGGUUUUAGUUGUAGCAAUGGCAUGGUGUUGAAGGUGUUGGUUUUAGUAGUCAUAAUGCAGUCUUUAUAUAUGUUGAAGUCACACAGCUUUCAGAAAGUACAGAUAGUCAUAUACUGUAUCUUCAUAACACCGGUACUUGCACGUCAAUGAUAAACUGCCUUUUUCCUGAGAUAUAUAAUGAUAUUACAGUGCAAUUCUCAA